UUUUUUCUUAUUACAUACAGAAAAUCCCAAUUUCUCUAAGGGUUCCUUUAUUUUCUUCGAGUGGAAUUGCAGUAUCAUCUGAAUUUCCCAAAUUCAUCAAGCUGGAUAGGCACCGAGUGGAUCGCCAUGGUAGUGGGGGUAAUGAAGACUCCUACCUUAACCACCGUACUCAUCCCAAAGGACCUUCUCGUCUCUCAGAUUCACCCUACAUGACACGCUUUGACGAGGAUGAUGAGGCGUUUAGCCACCGUCGUCGUCGGGGAAACAGCCCUAGCAGCUAUCGAGUUGGAAUUGAGGGCGGAGAAGAUGGUGGUCGACGCUGGGAAGGUGACAGCUCUACAGAUCGUGAUGUUCCCGGAGGUGGCGUUAGAGAAGGAGGUUUCCCGCCGAUGAACGGACCUCCAGGUAGAUUAGAUUUUCAGCCGAUGGGUCCUCGCGAUGGUGGAAGUUUUCGGCCGAUGGGUUUUGGCUUCGAUGGAGGAUUUCGGCCUAGCGGGCCCGUGAUGUUCCCGCCAUCGGAAAAUGGAGAUGGAUUUUCAGGCGGCAGGGGAUUUCAAGCAACGAUGGGUAAAGUAAUGGAGACUGAUUACUCUGUAAAAUCGACUUCACCGACGGUCCAGCAGCCUCUUACGGGUCAGAAAAGAGGACGUCCUCUCUCGGAGCAUGGCAGCUUUACUGGAGCUGAUGUUUCUGAUCGUAGUAGUAUAGUCAAGCUUUUUGUUGGCUCCGUACCAAGGACAGCUACAGAAGAAGAAGUCCGUCCCUUGUUCGAACAACAUGGAAAUGUUCUUGAGGUUGCUUUGAUCAAGGACAAGAGAACUGGACAGCAGCAAGGCUGUUGUUUUGUAAAAUAUGCAACUUCUGAAGAUGCUGAUAGAGCCAUUAGAGCAUUGCACAAUCAGAUCACUCUUCCUGGGGGAACCGGCCCUGUUCAAGUUCGUUAUGCUGAUGGAGAGAGAGAACGCAUAGGUGCGCUAGAGUUUAAGCUUUUCGUUGGUUCACUAAACAAACAAGCCACUGAAAAAGAAGUUGAGGAGAUCUUUUUGCAAUUUGGUCGCGUGGAAGAUGUCUAUCUCAUGCGUGAUGAAUAUAGACAGAGUCGUGGAUGUGGGUUUGUUAAAUAUUCAAGCAAAGAGAAUGCAAUGGCAGCUAUCGAUGGUCUCAAUGGAACUUAUACCAUGAGAGGUUGCAAUCAGCCAUUGAUUGUUCGGUUUGCUGAUCCAAAGAGGCCUAAACCUGGCGAGUCAAGGGAAGUGGUACCUCCUGUUGGACUUAGUUCAGGGCCUCGUUUUCAAGCUUCAGGACCAAGGCCUACAUCUAACCUCGCUGACCGUAGUGGAGAUGUAAGCCAAACAAAUCCUUGGCAUCCAAAGAGUUCACCAAACAUAGCCCCACCAAGUAACACUGGGAUCCGUGGUAUCGGAAGCGACUUUUCUCCUAAACCAGGUCAAGCAACAUUGCCUUCAAAUCAGGGCGGUCCAUUAGGUGGUUAUGGUGUUCCUCCCCUUAAUCCUCUUCCAGUUUCUGGAGUUUCAUCUACUGCCACAUCGCAACAGCAAAACAGGGCAGCUGGCCAGCAAAUAUCACCAUUACAAAACCCUAUACACCGUCCACAAAAUACCCCCCUUCAGCCACAGACUAAUUUCCCUGGGGUCCAUGCAUCCUUGCAGAAUCCUUAUGGUUAUAGCAGCCAGCUGCCUACAUCUCAGCUGCCGCCACAGCAAAACGUCCCUCCUGCGACUGCUCCACAAACUCCUUUGAACAUCAAUCUACGGCCAACACUUGUGUCUUCUGCAACUGAUCAAUUGCGCCCUCGUGCUCAGCAGCCACCUCCACAAAAGAUGCAACAUCCUCCUUCUGAGCUAGCUCAGCUCAUGUCACAGCAAACUCAGACUCUACAAGCAACCUUCCAGUCAUCUCAACAAGCAUUUUCUCAGCUGCAGCAGCAGGUGCAGUCCAUGCAGCAACCAAACCAAAUUUUACCAGUCUCCCAAAAUGGCCAAGCUGGUAAACAGCAGUGGGCUGGAUCUACAGUUCCAACAGUUGUUAGCACCACGGCUUCUACACCAGUUAGCUAUGUGCAAAAAGCUGCUGCAGUAAGUCAGAGCGUUGUUUCUGUCAAAUGUAACUGGACCGAGCAUACCUCGCCUGAUGGGUUUAAAUAUUAUUACAAUGGUCUAACGGGUGAAAGCAAGUGGGAAAAACCUGAGGAAAUGGUAUUGUUCGAACGACAGCAACAGCAACAGCAGAAGCCAACUAUACAGCAGACCCAAACCCAGUCACAGCAGGCUCUGCAUUCCCAGCCAAUGCAGCAACAACCACAACAGGGUCACCAGCAAUACCAGAGCCAGCAAUUACAGCAGCCUUUUUAUUCUUCUCAGUAUCCAACUCAAGGGGUCAGCCAUAAUGCUCAGUAUCCGUCAUUGGCAGUCGGUCCAAAUAGCCAGUUUCCUAUUUCAGGGAUUGGUCAAAAUACUCAGAGCCGUCAGUCUCCACAAGAACUCAUGUGGAAGAAUAAAUAAUCAGGUACAUGAUACGAGGAGCUAAAAUAUUUCUGUAACUAGAUAGAAACUUCCGAACUAUCAGGUAUAAUAGAUAGGCGAUUCGCCGACCAUCUGAAUAUCUUUCCUCUAAUCAGAGAUUUUCUUCUCUUUCAUUUCAAGAGUUACCAAACAAACAAUCCCCCUGUUGUAACAGAGCUAGUGCAAGUCAUUGCUCAUGUUGUGUUAGUAGUAGUAGUGUUUGCUCAUGUUGUGUUAGUAAUAGUAGUGUACUUAGCUGGUAAAACCAAACUUUGAUCCUGAUUUAGGAGUCAUAUAUAUAGAAGUGUUCGCUUCUUUAUAGAUUUCGUAAACCCAAAGUUCUAUGU